AUGUCAGCCAAGCCAGAAAAACCAGUAUGGAUGUCACAGGAAGAUUACGACCGUCAGUACGGUUCAGCUAUUACUGACGAACCAACUACAAUCUUAGAGGGCAAUUCCAAAAUAACUGCGGGAACAUCUACUAAUGGCAAUGGAUCAUCAACAAUUUCACAAAAAACUGCUGCUCCAACUCCAAAAUUGUUGUCCUCAUUUAAUGAACCGGAAUCUGGGUUUAAAAUACAAAAGAGAAGGCACGAAAGGUAUGAUCAGGAGGAACGAUUACGUAAACAACGUGCUCAAAAAUUAAGAGAAGAACAGUUAAAGAGACACGAAAUAGAAAUGACUGCAAAUAAAUCUAUGAAUGUUGAUCAAAUUGUCCGAGAGCACUAUAAUGAACGUACAAUAAUCGCCAAUCGCGCAAAGAGAAAUCUAUCACCCAUCAUUAAGCUUCGUAAUUUCAACAACGCAAUUAAGUAUAUGCUAAUUGAUAAAUAUACGAAACCUGGCGACGUUGUUCUAGAACUUGGAUGUGGUAAAGGUGGUGACUUAAGAAAAUAUGGUGCCGCAGGCAUUUCACAGUUUAUCGGCAUUGAUAUUUCCAACGCCUCGAUUCAAGAAGCUCAUAAGAGAUACCGGUCAAUGAGGAAUUUAGACUAUCAAGUUGUACUGAUUACUGGUGAUUGUUUUGGUGAAUCAUUAGGCGUUGCCGUGGAGCCCUUCCCAGACUGUCGAUUUCCAUGUGAUAUCGUUUCAACACAAUUUUGUUUACAUUAUGCUUUUGAAACCGAAGAAAAGGCAAGAAGAGCUUUACUAAAUGUCGCUAAAUCUCUUAAAAUUGGCGGUCAUUUUUUCGGCACCAUUCCUGAUUCCGAAUUUAUUCGUUAUAAGCUUAAUAAAUUCCCCAAGGAUGUGGAAAAACCAUCUUGGGGAAACUCUAUUUAUAAAGUGAGUUUUGAGAAUAAUUCAUACCAAAAGAAUGACUAUGAGUUUACCUCCCCUUAUGGACAGAUGUACACUUAUUGGUUAGAAGAUGCAAUAGAUAAUGUUCCUGAAUAUGUUGUACCUUUCGAAACCCUAAGAAGUUUAGCCGAUGAAUAUGGUUUGGAGUUAGUAUCGCAAAUGCCUUUUAAUAAAUUUUUCGUACAAGAAAUUCCCAAAUGGAUCGAGAGGUUUUCGCCCAAAAUGAGGGAAGGUUUACAAAGAUCUGACGGCAGGUAUGGUGUUGAAGGCGAUGAAAAGGAGGCUGCUUCGUAUUUCUACACCAUGUUUGCAUUUCGUAAAAUAAAACAGUAUACCGAACCUGAAACCGAAAAACCCAACUAG